UUCACAGCUUAUAGCCUACAGCAAAGCGAAAACCGGCUGUUUCCAGCGAAUUUUCCAUCUUUGACCCUCCAAUUCCGGAGCGAACUCCGACGGAGAGCUGAGGGUCUCGAGGGAACUUCCGUAGCUUCGCUGUCGUCGGUAUGGGCAUUUCCUGGGACGACGUCGUUUUAAUCCAGCAAGGCAAGCGCCCCGGCGAGCCCAGCGUGGUCACGGUCAAUUGCCCCGACAAACCGGGGCUCGGUUGCGAUCUAUGUAGGAUCAUUCUCGACUUUGGGCUAUGUAUUACUCGAGGAGAUUUUUCUACCGAUGGAAGAUGGUGUUACAUAGUAUUAUGGGUUGUUGCGAAUUCAAAUUCGCAUGAAGUUGAUUGGGAAAGCUUGAAAAAUCAACUCUUCUCAGUGUGCCCUUCGUGUUUGGUCUCAUUUUACUUAAAUCAACAUUCUGAAAGUUCGUUGCGUAAUUCUAUCUAUUUGUUGAAGUUUAUUUGCCUUGACAGAACAGGAUUGCUUCAUGAUGUUACAGAAGUCCUUACCGAGCUCGAAUUUACCAUUCAGAGGGUAAAAGUGAUGACAACUCCAGAUGGCCAAGUUGUGGACCUGUUUUUCAUUACAGAUGCCAUGGAGCUUUUACACACAAAGAAGAGGCAAGAUGACACGUGUAAUUAUUUGUUUGAUGCUCUUGGGGAGUACUGCACUGGAUGUGAACUUAAAUUGGCAGGGCCUGAAUAUGAAAGUUUGCAAGGGUUCUCCUCACUUCCACCAGCACUUGCAGAAGAGUUAUUUGGAUGUGUGAUUCAAGACGAGAAAUCCUGUGUAGAAGAACCUAUCCCAGAUACAAAGUUGAAGGAGGCCACAAUCACAGUUGAUAACCUUAUGAGUCCAUCCCACACUUUGCUUCAAAUACAAUGUCCUGACCAAAAAGGCCUCUUCUAUGAUGUUUUAAGAACUUCGAAGGAUUGCAAUAUUCAGAUCGCUUAUGGUAGAUUCUUUACAAGUGAGAAAGGCGUCCGGAAUAUGGAUCUUUUUAUUCAGCAAGCUGAUGGAAAAAAGAUUGUAGAUCCCAAGCAUCAGGUUGCUCUGUGUUCCCGGCUAAAAGAGGAAAUGCUUCACCCAUUGCGUGUCAUUAUCUCGAAUCGAGGACCAGAUGCUGAACUCUUGGUUGCUAAUCCUGUUGAAUUAUGUGGGAAGGGAAGACCGCGGGUAUUUUAUGAUAUAACUUUGGUUUUAAAAGCUUUGGGAAUCCGCAUCUUCUCGGCUGAAAUUGGAAGGCACUCUACUUCAGAUAGACAGUGGGAGAUAUAUAGAUUUCUGUUGGAUGAAAAUUGUGAACUCCAACUGGCAAGCAGUAAAGCUAGACGUCAGAUCAUUGAUAGAGUUAAAAGAACAUUGUUGAGCUGGUGAACUGAUUCAUGUGCUAACCAUCUCUUCGAGGCUCGCCAUUGUAAACUGUCUAGCACUUCGACUACCUUGGUGCUUAAAGUUUGUAAUGUUGUAUUAUUGUCUUUUAGGCUUCACAGGCAUCUCAUACAUGUAAUCAGGAAUUGAAAAUCGAUGCUGAUGCAGCAGAGUUGAGUUCUGUACAGAAUCAAUACCUGGUGUUUCUCUGAUAUUGUAACGCUAUUGAUUUGUUUUGGCUUA